AUGCCCAUGCCAAAGAAGACAACUGCAUUCCGAGAAACGAAUCCUGACGAGCAGCAAAUAAAUUCAACAUCUUCGAUGUUGACUGAUGAAUCAAUCUCGACUGAGGCUUUGCUUUUAGGUCCUUUACCUGGCGAGGGGAACGCGAAUGGUAACGGCAAUGGGACCAGCAACGAC